UCAUUGUAAACGGACUAAAAGUGCAUCCGAACCAAAAUAGAAGGUCCCGAAAGAAUUUGACUGCCUUAAAUACAAACUACUGCAGCUGCACAGUCACGAUUUAUAAACAAGAUUAGGAUAGGUUUACUGUGAAGAACUUCUCAGGCUUUACAUCAUAUGGAAAGAUGUCAGACAUCGGGGACUGGUUUAAAAACAUACCGUUCAUCACUCGUUAUUGGUUCGCAGGUUCGAUCGCUGUGCCGCUUAUAGGUAAAUUGGGCUUCAUCAGCCCCAGGUACCUGGUAUUAUGGCCGGAGGCUUUCUUCCACAAAUUUCAGAUAUGGAGACCAUUUACCUCAACACUGUAUUUUCCAGUUGGUCCAGGAACAGGAUUUUUAUAUUUGGUUAAUCUGUACUUCCUCUAUCAGUACUCCUCUAGACUGGAAACAGGAGCCUUUAAUGGAAGACCUUCAGACUACAUAUUCAUGCUGCUUUUCAAUUGGAUAUGCAUUGUUGUAACAGGAUUAAUGAUGGAUAUGCAGCUGUUGAUGAUUCCAUUAAUCAUGUCAGUGCUUUAUGUGUGGGCCCAGAUGAAUCGGGACACAGUGGUGUCCUUCUGGUUUGGUACCAGAUUCAAGGCCUGCUAUCUGCCUUGGGUCAUUCUGGGAUUCAACUACAUCAUCGGUGGCUCUAUUGUGAAUGAGCUGAUUGGAAAUUUAGUAGGUCACCUUUACUUCUUUCUGAUGUACAAAUACCCAAUGGACCUGGGAGGCAGAUCCUUCAUCUCCGCUCCACAGAUGCUCUACAGAUGGUUCCCAAAUCAACGAGGUGGAGUUUCUGGAUUUGGCGUCCCUCCCCCCAGGAGACCUGUUCCUCAGGAACAAGCAGGUGGAGGUCGCCACAACUGGGGCCAAGGCUUCCGGCUCGGGGACGACUAAAGAGGUCCUUCUAUCACAUGGACACUCACGACCAGGCACACAGAAUCUGAUACUGCGAAACAUGAGUUUCGGGUCUUGGUUCUGAUUUGCAUCUCUCCUCCUAGCUCAGUUUAUUAAAAGACAGUUCUCACACAGGACUUUACAGCACGUCAGCGUGAUUGUUCCCGAUGUAAAAUUGUAUAUUACACUGUAAUUGGAAUUCUGGGAACCGAGCACAGGAGCGUUGUAGAGGCAGUGUUUGUAGUGAGGAACUGACUAGAGAACAACAAUGUAUUUUUUUCAUAGGAGGAUACACACUGGCAGUGUGCACUGGAUUCAUAUCACACGCUUUUGUUUAAUGCUUUCGUUCUUACUGUCCUGUUAAUUGUUUUGUACAGAAUAUUAACUUCUUGUUUGGACACAGAAUUGAAUGUGUGUAUUUGUUAAAUGUUUUUUGCUUUUAUUAGUAAAAUGAUUUUGUUUAAAAAUAUUAAAUUAUUCUAACCUUU